AUGUUUUCUCACACAAAGCCUUGUUAUGAUACUGAGUGCAAAAAUGGUGGUAAUUGCACUGCAGAUAGAGAUUUCAGAUUCUGCGAAUGCCUGCCAGGAACAACAGGUGACUACUGUUCUGAAAUCACGGAAUGCAAAAACGAUAAUGUAUGUGUUGCCGACAAACAUUCGACCUGUGCAUUUGACAUUCUUCAAAUCAAAGCUUUCUGUCGGUGUUCGAACCCUAUUAAGAAAUUUGAUUACAAGGAUAAAAUCUGCAAAGAACCGUGUCAAGCAGGUGAGUGCAAAAAUGGUGGUAAUUGCACCGAACACGGAGAUUUCAAAUUUUGUGAAUGCCUACCAGGAACCACUGGCGACUUUUGCUCUGAAAUUACGAAAUGCAAGAGCGAGAAUUUUUGUGGCAUCGAUGAAGAUGCGAUGUGUACGUACGAUACUCUUCGAAUGGAGGCUACCUGUCAAUGUUUGUAUUCUAGUAAGCAAUUUGAUUACGAGAAGAAAUUCUGUAAAGAACCAUGUCAAGAAAAUGACUGUCAGAAUGGCGGAAAUUGCACAGGACACGGGGAUUUCAAAUUCUGUGAAUGUCUGCCAGGAACAGCUGGCGAUCAUUGUUCUGAAAUUACGGAAUGCAAGACAACGAAAUAUUGUGGUACCGAUAUAUACUCGACGUGUACGUAUGAUACUCUUCGAAUGGAAGCUGUGUGUCAAUGCCUGUAUCCUCGUAAGCAAUUUGAUUACGAGGAGGGAAUCUGCAGAGAGCCGUGUCAAGAAGGUGACUGCAAAAAUGGUGGUAAUUGCACAGAACACGGAGAUUUCAAAUUUUGUGAGUGCCCACCAGGAACAGUUGGCGACCACUGCUCUGAAAUUACGAAAUGCAGGAAAGGGAAUUUUUGUGGUAACGAUAAAGAUUCGACGUGUACCUACGAUAUGGCUCGAAUGGAAGCUAUCUGUCGAUGUUCGAAUCCUAGUAAGCAAUUUGAUUACGAGAAGAAAAUCUGCAAAGAGCCGUGUCAAGAAAGUGACUGUAGAAAUGGCGGGAAUUGCACUGGACACGGGGAUUUCAAAUUUUGUGAAUGCCUGCGAGGAACAAGAGGCGACAAUUGCUCUGAAAUUAUGCAAUGCAAACAAGAUAAUUUUUGCGGUACGGAUAACGAUGUUAAAUGUACUUACGAUAGGUUUCGAAUGGAAGCUAUAUGUCAAUGCUCAAAUUCUAGUAAACAGUUUGAUUACAAGGAAAAAAUCUGCAAAGUACGUUGUGAGACAGAACAGUGUGAAAAUGGUGGUAUUUGCCAUGGAAUACGGAAUUUCAAAUUCUGCGAAUGCUUACCAGGAACUACUGGUGACUUUUGUACCGAAAUUUCUGCUUGUAGGGAUAAGGUUUUAUGUGGUUAUGGUUCUGAUGUGCAAUGUGUUUAUGAAAAAUUUAAACAGAAAGCUUCCUGUGAGUGCUUGAAGUCCAAUACAGACUUCAACUACCUCACGAAAACAUGCCAAUGUGACUGUGGGCACAAUGGAAAAUGCGCUUUAGACGCUCUCGAAGAAAAGGAGUGUUCCUGCAAUGAAGGAUUUGCACAAUUUAGUGGAUGGUGCGCGGAAUGUAGUUGUGGACGAGGUGGAAAUUGCUCUUUCGACAGUUACGGACGAAAGAUGUGCGCAUGCAAUACAGGGUUUAGAGACCUUCAUGGAAACUGCGAAAGAAUACUAUUAGGGAAAGGAAGCACAUUUUCUGCACUUGUUGGAAGUUUAUUUGCUUUUCUCAUAAUAGCAUUCUCUGGUUUGUUUUACUCACGUUGUAGGAAGCAAAAAAUGGGUCUUGCUUUUCGUUUCAAGAAACUGAAGGAAACCGUUGGCGAAGAAUAUGAACAAAAGGUGUACUUAAAAUAAAUGCUGUACAUUACGAGUGCCAUAAUUUAACUUACAUAUCAGAUCAGGGAAAAUUCAUCUGAAGUGCCAAAAUCUGAACGGUUACUGAAAUUCGUUGCUGAAUUCAUUUGAACAGUUACUGAAAUGAUCUCUCUUCCAAUUAGUGAAACCUCGGUUCACGGACUUAAUUCUUUCCUGAAGACUAUUCAUUCAUCAUCCGAAAUACUCUCAAACCAAAAUUAUUUUUCUCAUAGGAAAAUCCAUUUCUGGACCACAAAUGAAUGCUUAUCUAUACUUUACAACACUACUUUGAGCACAAAAUCGUAACGCAGAACCAGUAAAAAUCAACAAUUCUAAGAAAAGAAAAAAAAAAAAAAAAAAGAAAAAAAAAAAAAAAAAAGAUAAACACGAUAUUAAGCAGACAAAAUAAACAAACACUCAGUUUGAUUUUAUCGUACGUGUACGAAGGACAAGCAGACGACGUAAGGGGAAAAUGAAGAGCAAACGAAAGGCAAGAAACAUUAUUGUUUUAGUGAGGAGUCUCCUACUAAUAUACAGGAACGUCAGCUCUCCAUAUCUAUUGAUAAAUAAGAUACUCUCUUUCCGAAACAUUUUCUCAUUUCUUAAUGCCUCUCGGUUCCGCUUCAGACUGCGCUUCCCUCUCACUGAAAAUUUGGGCAUUGUGUUUGGUUGUUAUUAGGUUGUUCAAAAUGUUUCUAAAGUGAUACAUGGCGUUGUCUCUGAAAGGGCUUAUGGUACAUUUACUGCUUUAUCGGGGUGGUAUUGCUGCAUCAAAACUUUGCACCUUACUCCCAUUUCCAACAAUUUUGGAGGAUUAAAGAAAUAGGAUCAUCUUUUUCUUCAUUUCUCUGAAAGCAUUUCCUUCAUAGUCAUCUUUUAUUGCGGCUUCUGAAGCUGUUGCUGUUCUUUAUAGCUGAGCUCAUUUUUAUGGUACUCUAGUAAUUCCUCAGCUUAUUAAUUUUUAAGACCGUCACGGUGAAAGCCCUCAAAGUACCGACCUGCAACAAAUUCUGGGCAUAAUUUUCCCCGAGGCAAAUUCAUGAUCCAAUAAGUCACUUGAAAUCGAAUUUUGUCAAGACAAAUAAGGAAGGAAAAAUGAUGAUUUCAAACUUACUUUAAGUUAAUUCUGGGCGGCAUAGUAGAUGAUAACACCUUUGGAAAUCAUUUGCUUCCAACUUGCGCUUCAUAACUCGAGACACCAUUGUCAUCUUAGACGUCUUUUGUUCAAAUAAUUUAUUCAUGUGUACUCAUCGUGCAUAAUUUAUUCGUACUCGUAGGGAAAGGAUACGUUCGUGAUCCGAGGUUCAAUGUAACUGCCGAAUUGAGUGAGAAAUCAUCAAAAAAAUUAGUUACCGUUCAUGGACUUUUUCCUGUAUAUAAAGAAUUUCGCUUGUAAAUAAAUAUUAAAAA